UGGUUAAUGUUUAUGAGUAUCCAGUGGAGGGCAGUAUGAUUCAUUUUCAACAGAGCAGCAGCAAAAACAAAUAGAAGAAGACUGGUAUCAUCUGACAGUGGAACAUGGCAGAUGACAAGGGUCCUCUGGGCCAGCUCAAGGACCUGGUGGAGCUGAAGGACCAGCUGGAAGACAUUCAGAGACGGAUGGAGGAUGAGAUACAGGCUGGCGUCCCUCCGGGAGGCAGUCUGCUGGCCUCUCCUUUCCUGAAGGGUUUUCUGGCCGGGUACGUUGUUGCAAGGCUACGCUCUUCACCGUUGUUUGGUGUUGCCGUUGGGACGUGCACAGGAAUAUUUGCAGCACAAAAUUAUGCCGUUCCCAACAUUGAAACCACCGUCAGAGACUACAUAAGCAAACUAAAAGGAGGAAGCAAAUAAUAAGAGAGGAAUACAAUUAAGAAGAGCAGGAGAAGAGACAUCUACAAGCAGAGGGUGCUCUUUGAGCCACAUACGGGAACAGACAUAUAUUUCAAAAGUUACGAAUUCUUCAAUAGUUAUUUUUUUCCACCUUCCACAAGGAUGAUUGAAUAGUACAAUGUUAUAGUAGUAAGCCAACUUAUAGAGUAAGGUGAUUAUUUUAAUAAUUCUUCUGAUUCAGUUGAUCUGAACUCUUGUUAAGGUACUUGAGUAUGGAGAAUAGAUGACUGACAUACAUUCUGUAAUAGAGCAUAUAAGAAGCGUGUGAAAAGGGAUUCAGUUAAUUUAAGCAGGAGACCCCAUUUUUCCCUCUAAUAUAGUCCAUAAUUAAAAUGUAAAUAUAAGGGAAUCAUAUCAACUGCUAUAGCUGAAUUCGGUCCUCCACCCUUUCUCCACCCCAUUUGCUAUCUGAAGUUUUAUUGAUGCAUAAUGAGAUAUUUAGAUUGUUGACUCUCCACAAGAGGUAUUUGAUGUCCUCUUUCGCCCUCUAGUGGGCAGAUAUCUUUUAUAUCAGUCAAUACUAAUUUGCAUAUCUUUACUCAGGCAUGAUAGAGCAUUUAAAAGGGCUGCUCUUUAGUGUUAACUUGUCAACACCUUUUUGUUUUUCCAUGGACAUAACACCUCUCCAUAUUGUUCUAGUUCAAAAUAUUUUAAACAAUAGUCCUAAUCUUUUGGAGAGGUUUAUGAACAAAAUACUUUGGACUCCAAAAAUGGCACGCUCCGUUAUAAAAUAACUUUUUCUUUCUCUAUAUAUUUUCCACCUUGCACUGCGUAAAAAUGUCAGAUUUCUUCCUGUACUUACAAUAUUUAGAUACAAAUGUAUGCCAAAGUUAAAUUGGUUUUUAAAGAUGUAGUUGUUAUUGCACUUGAGGGUUUUAACAAAGCAGGAAAUGUUUGCUAAAGUAUUUUAUGUAACAUAUAUAUUAAGAGUGCCUACUUUGGUCUGGACUUGAUAUUUUCAUCUCAUGCCAUGUGUGCAAUAGCCUUUCUUGAUAGAGUUUGGCAGACUAUUCAUAUGCUGGAAACUAGUUGAUCUUUUGCACUUAAUUAAACAAUUGGGAAUGUUGUUACAUUGUGUUUCAUACAAAAACAAUGAUUUCGUUUUUUGUCCAAGAAAAAUCGAAACCUGUCAAAGUUAUAAUGACAUGUUUACUCAAAUGUGGUGUUUGCUUGUGGUUUAGAUACAUUUGAAAGUUGUUUUAAGAAAGUGGGAACUAUUAUGUGGAUCCAUGUCAAUAUCACAUCCAUAAACACAGCAGUUGUUGCUAGUCAAUAGUCUAGAGACCUAAAGCACAGAAGAACACCUUAACAGUAACUGGAAUCUUAAUUGUGUUAUUUCACUUGGGUGAUUAUCCUGCAAAUGCAAAAGGUUUUGUUCAUUCAUCAUUAAACCAACCAAUAAGAGAUGUUUUUGUUCACAUGACCCCAGGUACUGUUUGCUGCUGUUUAAGUGUACACACAUUGCUUAUGUAAACAACAACCAAAUAAGUCAGGCUAGUAAUACACAAACAAGCCAUUUGUAAGUAUUAGAAAACUAAGUUGACUGUAUUCAUAACUGGAACACAGAAACAAAAUGUGCCUAUUGACAAUCAUUAUGUAGCUUUCAUUGUAUUUCAUUUCAUUAUUUCAUUGUUACUUCAUUUCUUGUAUGUUACCUUUUUGCAUGUUUUCUCUCGCCAACAUUUGAUAUGUUUUGGAAAAUACAAUAUAACACUUCAACUGAUGGUGCUUUAUUUCACUGACUAACCUCAGUGUCUUGUCUAUUUGUCAUGGGUUUUCACUCUGUUUGAAAUUCCUUUGUUAUAUUAUAAAAGAAAACAACAGAAUUGAUCUUUAAGAGUUUUAUUUCGUUUGUCCAAAUAAAUGGGGAGAAUACAGUUUACAAUCGUCUCAUACGUUGAGUAUUCCUGGUUUCUAAUAGCCCUAAAGAGUCAAUAUUUUUAAUAACAUUUUAAUUAAUUUGGCCAAACGUACAAGAUCAAAGUGACAAGGAUUGAAAUCUAAAAAUGUCUUUACAAACUUUUAAACCAAAAUGGAACAAAAUCUGAAUAAAACAACAUUUAUAUCUUAUAAAAUACAACAUGCUUAUUCAAAUCCUUAACCUAUAUAAGUCAUUUAAAAAAACAUAAUGUGCAAUCAAUAG